AUGUCAAGAAAGCAACCACCCAGAAGAAAACCCCCACCUUCGGAAUCAGACCCCAGCGGGAUAUAUGGAUCCGGUUCAUCAUCGGCCCCAAUUCUGAGCCAAGGGCAAUACACAAGUCUGUCUCGGCUCACACACUCCACAAUUAGUGGAAUCGAUCCUUCAGUCUUUACUCCCGUGGAAGACCAACACAACACAACUGAGAUAUCGUUUGACGAAUCGUUUACAUCGUAUGAUUCGCCGAAGCCAAAAGGACCGAAAGAAAUUUGGGAGUACGAUGAUUCAACAACUCCAACAAAGAGUAUCUACUCUCCUCCACCUAGGCCUACACAUGCGAGUAUACAAAUCAGCCGUAUUCUACCUCAACGAAGCUAUCAGCAGAUGUCCAGAUCGCGAUCAAAUCCAAAUGUCUCCAAACGAACCUCGUUUGACUCAGACACAGUAGAUAAUCCAGAUAAAAUCCCACCAUACCCAACGCGGCAGAUUGAGGACUUUCUAGAUGAUGAUUUCGAUAGCAGCUUUGCGUUUGAUGUGGAUUCUCCUUCACAAAUGAGAACACGGGCUAUUAUAGAGGAGACAGUAAAUACAACCUCACCAAAAUUGUACGGAGUCCCAAAUUUGAGCACGAGAGACUCACAAUCAACCUUUCCCACACACCAGAGGCAGAGCAUAGACUCGUCUUUUAUAGACCUGGAAGAAUCUUCUCCAACACACACACCUAGCCGGAGGCUUUCUGUAUAUUCCCAUACGCAAAGUCGAUCUCCGUCUCCGAAAAGGAUAAACCAAAGCGAUUACUUUGAGAGGCCGGUUCUCAUGUUGAAUGAUCACGUUGAUACAGUGGAAGAACGUCAAGACUCAUUGUACUCACAACACCAUCCUGCAUCACCAUACAGAGUUGUGUCGGAUAAUCCAUUUUACGACGACGAGGAAAUCUAUAAAUACGAAUCACCAGUGACUGACUAUUUUGACUAUUCGUUUUUGCCUGAACUACCGCCAAGCCGAGACAUUAGCUCAACCACCAGCUCUACUGCACCAUUUCCACCACUACCAACACCACCACCACCACCAUUACUGACGGGCCCACCACCUCCGCUUCCCAAGAAAUUACAAGAGCUACCACCACUUCCCUUGGAUCUUCCCCAGCUUCCGUUCAGCUCUUCCGCAUUGCAAGUGCAACAUUUUGAGGUUUGCUCAAAGAUAUGGUCAUUGUCAAAUUUGUUUCAGUGGUGCUGUAAAUUACAAGUAUGGUUGAGCGAUCUGACAAUAUCGAAACCGGAGUUACUCAAAGCGAUAACAAGGUUGAUUGCAUUUCAUAGAAGUGACUUGUCUCUUGACGUGGUCAUGCAUAACUCGCAAACGGCUUUCAAUUCACUUUUGCAGACACAAGCGAUCGAGGUGAUGGAGUUACACCGGCCCAAUGGCAAUGAGGAUCGAAGUGUUGUGUUGUUCAACGACAAGGUCUAUGUGAAUGGUAUACUUCCCGAACUACUGCAUUGUUACACUACCAUCAGCCAUACCAGGGAGGAGGAAAUGACGUGCUACUCAACAAUUUGUCCCUUUAGUAGGAUGAUGAAUCUUGAGAGGAAAAUGAGGUCUAUGAAUAUCAAGGAUAUCGUGUUGGCCACUGACUGGGCUGCCCAUUGGCGGCUAACUGUUGAUGACUUGCGUGAUUUGGAUACCAAUAUGAUUAAAAGGCAAUCCCUAAUUUUUGAUUUGUUGAGAUACGAGCAGACAUUUAUACAAAGAGCCCGGUGCUUUGUAGAUGUCGUGGCGCCGCUGUUUGUCAAAGCUGCAAAGGGGUUCUUUGGGCUGAACAGUCCCAAAAUCAAAGUAUUUGAGGAAGAAGUUAUCAAAACGGGUGCUUCAAUUGUCAAGAUUCAUCAGAAGCAAUUGUUUGAACCGUUAUUGAAGGUGCUCAUUGCUGAGGGAAAAUUUAUCAAAAAUGUCAUUGAGAUCGUUAACAUUUAUACCGAUUGGGCAAAAGAAGUGAGGCCCUAUUUGGUAACUUACAUGAACAACAUGCCAAUGAUUGAGGAGCUACUAGGUACACCCAGCUUGAAAACGUAUGUUGAUGAGCGCAUUGGACAAUUGCCACAGGUAAAAGAAUUAAAAGUAAAUGUGCCAAUUUUGUUUAUGAGCACUUUUAACUCAAGGUAUCAGCAGAUACCAUUACAACUAUUAGACAUUCAAAAGAGGUUUGAUGAGCACGAACCGGAAUAUUUCUUGUUGAAGCAAGCCAGUGAUGAGAUUAAGAAAUUGGGAUCGAAAAUCAACGAUUCAAAGAAACUUGCUGACAAUGUACACGCUCUUGAGCAAUUGAAAUCGCAAUUGUAUUGGAAAUCCAAUCUUCGUCAAAGAAACCUCAACCUCGGGUCAAUUAAUAGGAAGCUCAUCUGCCGAGGUGAUCUCACGCGAAGAAGUGACUUGAAAAUCACCUCCCAGGUGAUGCACGUCAUUCUCUUGGACAAUAUUAUUCUCAUAACUGAGAGAUUGAAGACCCCCAAGCCAAAUGGAGCCCAGUACAAAAUCUGUGAAGAUCCAAUACCAAUUGAUUUUUUGUCCUUUGAGGAUCGUGUUAUUCCACCAUCAACAAUCAAGCUUUCUUCGUCCCCAAUUACAAAGACACCCCACCAAGAGGAUGAGGAUUCAAAAUAUGGUGUCAAACUACGCUAUGCCGGUAGACCCAGACAUACCUACCUAUUCCUUUGUAAGACGGAGCGGGAAAAGAAUGAUUGGAUUGAUUAUCUAACAACGGCACGUGUGAAUAUGAACAAGCGGCUAUUCAACACCAAAAUAUAUCGAGCACAAGCAUUGUCAUCAUCUUGCUUUGCAUAUGAAUACAACAAUCGGAUCACAAAAUUACCAGUUGUGGUGUCAAACGACACCAUUCAUGACUUAUGUCUAGACGCAGUAGCUAAAACGCAAAAAUUGGGAUUAUCCGACAUAUACAGCACACAAGCUCCUAGAAAUAGAGUCGUGCAAAGUUCAGUUCAAUGCUGCGCCAAAUUCGAGUAUAUGGAUUUAAAAUUUACCUUUGUUGGGUUGCAUUCUGGAAUGUAUUGUUGUGAAUCAAAAAGCCGUUGGAAAAAAGUGCUUAGUGGUGGCGACUUUAGCAAAAUACACGUCGACACAAAUAUAGGCUUGGUGGUCACCUUGAGUGACAAAGCUCUACGCUACUAUUUUCUUCGCCAAGUAUUGGAUGUCUACACUGGGACUCGAAAGGAGAUUGUGGGUACUUCCCUCUCCAAGGACCCUGUUUUAUUCUUCUCCAUGAAGAUGCACAAGAAUAUUCCCAUGUUAUUUUUUGCCAAAAAGAAGCUCAAUGUAACUUCUUUCAAAGUUCUCAUCCCAGAGACCGACAACAAUGGCGUCUUUAGUCGAUUCAAGGAUGACCGGAAAUUCUACAUUGAAGCUGAGUGUUUUGGAAUUUCCAUAUUCAAUUCAUCAUUUGCUUUACAUACCGAUAAAGGGUUUGAGAUUAUGGAGUUGGACAAGUUAAUGCCUCGAUCAGUUCCUGAUUUGCCGUUUGAAAUCGAGCACAAGAAAUUGGACCACUAUUCACGAAAGCAGCCAGGUACUACGCUUGAAACAAUCAAGAAACUCGUCACAUCAUCUAAUUCAAUUCCUAUGGGGAUGUUCAAGCUAAACAACAAUACCGAGUUUUUACUUGUUUAUUCCGAAUUUGCUAUAUUCAUCAACAAAAGUGGCUCUUUGUCCAGAGAAACGGCUUUGAUUUUUGAUUUCAAAGCACAAUCUGUCGACUUUGUUGACAAUCAUUUACUUUUGGUUAGAGAGGACAUUUUGGAGGUGUUGUCCAUAUCCGAUUUUGUCAAAGGCUCAAACGAUCUAGUACAAGUGGUUACAGGAAAGGGAAUACAUUUAAUUUCCGAAGGCAGAGAUGUGAGUUUGGUAAUGGCCAAUCCACUUGUGCCUGGUUUGCAGCUAUUGUUUGAUUUAGUACCUACAUAG